UUUUGAACGCAUUACCAAGCAAGCCCAUGGUUUCUCUAAUGUUGUUCAUUUCGGCUGUUUCUGCAGAUAGACUUCCCAAAUCCUGAGUAUCCGACUUCUCCACCCAAUCUCCAUUCUUCGUCCUCGCCAUGGCAAUGAGAUCCUUGCUGUCCAGGAAACCCCUCGCUUCUGCGCUUCUCAGUGGCCCCAAAUCAAUGGGAUUAGGGUUGACUGCAGCUCAACCUCAUCGCGGCUUGCAAACCUUCACUCUACCCGACCUUGCUUACGACUAUGGUGCACUUGAGCCUGCCAUCAGCGGCGAAAUUAUGCAGCUUCAUCACCAGAAGCACCAUCAGACUUACAUCACUAACUAUAACAAAGCCCUCGAACAGCUUCAUGAUGCUCUGGAAAAGGGUGAUGCCUCUGCUAUCGUUAAAUUGCAGAGUGCCAUCAAGUUCAACGGCGGAGGUCAUAUCAAUCAUUCUAUUUUCUGGAAAAAUCUGACUCCAAUUCGUGAAGGAGGUGGUGAACCUCCAAAAGGUUCCCUAGGAUGGGCUAUUGACACUCAUCUUGGUUCUUUGGAAGCAUUGAUACAUAAAAUGAAUGCAGAAGGUGCAGCCUUGCAGGGGUCUGGAUGGGUGUGGCUUGGUCUAGACAAAGAAUUGAAGAGGCUUGUUGUUGAAACCACUGCAAAUCAGGAUCCACUGGUAACCAAGGGACCAAGUCUAGUUCCAUUGCUUGGUAUAGAUGUUUGGGAGCAUGCAUACUACUUACAGUACAAGAAUGUCAGACCGGACUAUUUGAAGAACAUAUGGAAAGUUAUUAAUUGGAAAUAUGCCAGUGAAGUGUACGAGAAAGAGAGUUCUUAAAGUAAAGCUCUGGUUGGACAGUGCCCGACAUUGCAUCUUCGUGGCAUCGUUCUGAGAUGGAAUAAAACGUACCGACAGAUGAUAUGCCAUCAUUGUCAUAUCAUUUAGGUUGUUUUCCAAGUGAGAUGUUUGGUGUAUUAUAUAUAACUUCAGAAGAACGAGUAAUACACCAGCUGUUCCCUGUGUCUUAUGUGAUGGUUUGCUCUUUUCUUAAAUGGAUUUUCCGAGCUCA